ACCAAUUAGGGAGGUCACUGGAGCCCCUAUAUAGCCUGCCUCCCGCCCGGAGGCUCCGGACUUUGGGGGCCGGAGGAAGAAGAAGAAGCAGGCGCAGCAUCUGUCUUCUCGGCCCUUCUUCUUUUCCCUUCUCGUUUUCUUGGAGAUACUUUCUGCCCCCCCCCCCGACCACCUUUUCCCAGAUUUUUUGGGGGGACCCCCUUUCAACCCAAGUAUUUUUUGUGGUGGUGGUGGGUCUCUUGGGUACCGGAUUCGGGGACCAGACUUCCAACUGGACCAGGUUCCGGGGACACCUCCUCGGAUCCAGACUUUGAUCCUGAGCUCGGUUUUGGGGGGCCCUCCUUGAGCCGGGUUUUGGGGUCUCCCCCGUCCAGCCCAAGCUUGGUUUCAGGGGUCCCUCCUUGAGACUUUGUUGAUCCCUCCUUGAAGCCAGGUUUUGGGGAUCCGGAGUUUGGGGUCUCACCUGUCCAGCCUGAGCCAGGUUUCAGGGAGACUUCCUUGAGACUUUGGGGAUCCGUCCUUCAGACUCUGGGGAUCCGUCCUUCAGACUUUGGGGAUCCAUCCUUCAGACUCUGGGGAUCACUCCUUGAGACUUUGGCGACCCCUUCUUCUGACUUUGGGGAUCACUCCUUGAGAUUUUGGGGAUCCGUCCUUCAGACUCUGGGGAUCCGUCCUUCAGAUUCUGGGGAUCAUUCCUUGAGACUCUGGGGAUCAUUCCUUGAGAUUUUGGGGAUCCGUCCUUCAGAUUCUGGGGAUCAUUCCUUGAGACUCUGGGGAUCACUCCUUGAGACUUUGGCGACCCCUUCUUCUGACUUUGGGGAUCACUCCUUGAGACGUUGGGGAUCCAUCCUUUUGACUUUGGGGAUCACUCCUUGAGAUUUUGGGGAUCCGUCCUUCAGACUCUGGGGAUCCGUCCUUCAGAUUCUGGGGAUCAUUCCUUGAGACUCUGGGGAUCAUUCCUUGAGAUUUUGGGGAUCCGUCCUUCAGAUUCUGGGGAUCAUUCCUUGAGACUCUGGGGAUCAUUCCUUGAGAUUUUGGGGGUCCGUCCUUCAGAUUCUGGGGAUCAUUCCUUGAGACUCUGGGGAUCACUCCUUGAGACUUUGGGGGUCCGUCCUUCAGACUCUGGAGGUCCGUCCAUCAGACUCUGGAGAUCCGUCCUUCAGACUCUGGGGAUCACUCCUUGAGACUUUGGGGAUCCCUCCUCAACCCACCCUUCCACCCUGAGCUUGCUUUCGGCGGCCGUCCCUCAGACCAGGUGUGGGCCCCCCCUUUCUUUUCCUUUCCUUGGGGGGUCCCUGUCUUCCUCCUCCUCCUGCUCCUGGGUCUUCUUCUUCUUCUUCGGCCCCAUCUUUGGGUGGAUGAUGGGCUCGGUGCUGCCUGCGGAGGUUCUGGGCCUGAAGGGCCCCCCUCCCCCGCCGGGGCCCCUCUCCCUGGCGGAGGUCAUCACCUCGGACAUCCUGCACAGCUUCCUCUACGGCCGGUGGCGCAGCGCCUUGGGCGAGCAGCUGCUGGAGGGCAAGGCGGGGGCCCUGCUGGGGGGCGCCCACCCCCAGAGCCCCCCCUCGGCCGGAGGGGCCCCACAGAGCGGGAACCCCAAGACCGCCUUCACCGCCGAGGUCCUGGCCCAGUCCUUCUCCGGAGAGGUCCAGAAGCUCUCCAGCCUGGUCCUGCCUUCAGAGGUGAUCAUCGCCCAGAGCUCCAUCCCCGGCGAAGGCCUGGGCAUCUUCUCCAAGACCUGGAUCAAGGCCGGCACCGAGAUGGGGCCCUUCACCGGGCGCAUCCUCGCCCCGGAGCACGUGGACCUCUGCAAGAACAACAACCUCAUGUGGGAGGUCUUCAACGAGGACGGGGCCGUGCGCUACUUCAUUGAUGCCAGCCAGGAGGACCACCGCAGCUGGAUGACCUACAUCAAGUGCGCCCGGAACGAACAGGAGCAGAACCUGGAGGUGGUCCAGAUCGGGAACAGCGUCUUCUACAAGGCCAUCGAGAUGAUCCCUCCGGACCAAGAGCUGCUGGUCUGGUACGGGAACUCGCACAACACCUUCCUGGGCAUCCCGGGCGUCUUGGGCCUGGAAGAGGAGCAGAAGAAGAGCAAGAACGAGGACUUCCACGGCUCGGACCCGGGCUCGGCCUCGGCGGGGCGCAUGCGCUGCGUGAUCUGCCACCGGGGCUUCAACUCCCGCAGCAACCUGCGCUCCCACAUGCGCAUCCACACCCUGGACAAGCCCUUCGUCUGCCGCUUCUGCAACCGGCGCUUCAGCCAGUCCUCCACGCUGCGCAACCACGUGCGCCUCCACACCGGGGAGCGGCCCUACAAGUGCCAGGUCUGCCAGAGCGCCUACUCCCAGCUGGCCGGCCUCAGGGCCCACCAGAAGAGCGCCCGGCACAGGCCCCACGGAGGGGCCGCGGGGGCCGCCCUCCAGGCCGCGGCCGCCCUCCAAGCCCAAUCCCCCGCCCUGGCCGGCGUCCCCCUCCCGGGCCCCAUGGCCCACCACAUCCCCACCAUGGUCCUCUGAGGGCCACCGACACCGGGCCUAGACUGACCACUACUUCCUGGGCCGUUGGGGCCUUGAGCCCCACGGGGGGUGUUGGAGGAGGUCUGGCACCCCAUUCUCUUGGGAUUGUCAUCAUUGCACCACUGUCAAUGGGAUAAGACUGCCAACCAGAUGCCUAAGAACUAGAUACCUUCCCGCUGGAGCAGUACCUAUUGAUCUACUCACACUCUGGGAGUUGGUGCUCAUCUCCAUUUCUAAGCCGAAGAGCCGGCGUUGUCCGUAGACACCUCCAAGGUCAUGUGGCCAUUGGCAUGACGGCAUGGAACGCCGUUACCUUCCCGCCAGAGCAGUACCUAUUGAUCCACUCACACUCUGAGGGUUGGUGCUCAUCUCCAUUUCUAAGCCGAAGAGCCGGCGUUGUCCGUAGACACCUCCAAGGUCAUGUGGCCAUUGGCAUGACGGCAUGGAGCGCCGUUACCUUCCCGCCAGAGCAGUACCUAUUGAUCUACUCACUCCAUUUCUAAGCCGAAGAGCCGGCGUUGUCCGUAGACCCCUCCAAGGUCAUGUGGCCAUUGGCAUGACGGCAUGGAGCGCCGUUACCUUCCCGCCAGAGCAGUACCUAUUGAUCUACUCACUCCAUUUCUAAGCCGAAGAGCCGGCGUUGUCCGUAGACACCUCCAAGGUCAUGUGGCCAUUGGCAUGACGGCAUGGAGCGCCGUUACCUUCCCGCCAGAGCAGUACCUAUUGAUCUACUCACUCCAUUUCUAAGCCGAAGAGCCGGUGUUGUCCGUAGACACCUCCAAGGUCAUGUGGCCAUUGGCAUGACUGCAUGGAGUGCUGUUACCUUCCCACCGGAGCAGUACCUAUUGAUCUACUCACACUCUGGGGGUUGGUGCUCAUCUCCAUUUCUAAGCCGAAGAGCCGGUGUUGUCCGUAGACACCUCCAAGGUCAUGUGGCCAUUGGCAUGACGGCAUGGAGCGCCGUUACCUUCCCGCCGGAGCAGUACCUAUUGAUCUACUCACACUCUGGGGGUUGGUGCUCAUCUCCAUUUCUAAGCCGAAGAGCCGGCGUUGUCCAUAGACACCUCCAAGGUCAUGUGGCCAUUGGCGUGACGGCAUGGAGCGCCGUUGCCUUCCCGCCGGAGCAGUACCUAUUCACCUACUCACAUUGCCAUCACUACACCACUGUAAAUGGGAUAAUAUUACCAACCAGAUACCUAAGCACUCUCCACGUUGACAGACACUCAAUAAGCAAUGAUUGCUUAUGGCAGAUGGCAAAGCACUCCCCACGCUCCUCUGUUGCUUUUCAAUAGCAUUGGGCAUCUGGACAUUCCCAGUUGGGACUGGGAAGGACUGGCACGAGGGGUUGUUUGCGUGCCUUGAUGCUUAGAAAUUCCACUGAAACAUUCGGAAGAAUUUCCUGGCUCAAGGAGAGUGAAAUAUCUGCAUUGGAGUCUCCUUCUAUGGAGGUGGGAUGGCCAUCUGUCGGGAGAGAUUCAGCUGUGUCUUUUUGCCCGACAGAAGAGGGUUGGACUGGAUGACCUUUAGGUGGUCCCAAUCCCCCCUUUACAAUGCCGUGAUCCAGUGCUGCUUUCCUUCACUUGAAUUUAUUUCUUUCCUUCUCGAGAUGCUUGACUAUAUCUCCCAUCAAUCAGGCGGGAGAUGCUCAAUGGAUGGGAGAUAUAGUUCAGGAUCUCUUUUGACUGGAUCUGUCUCAGGUUUGGGCAAACUUGGGCCCUCCAGGUCUUUUGGACUUCAACUCCCACCACUCCUAACAAAGGAAAGGGCCUGCGGUUGUUAGGAAUGGUGGGAGUUGUAGUCCAAAACAUCCAAGUUUGCCCAGGCCUGGCCUUGAAUGCAAACUAAUGGCAAAGGAUCGGAUGUACAGAUUUCUCAGCUUCCAGAGAACGAUUGUCACUUUAUCUAUGUAAAUAAUAAUAAUAAUAAUAAUAAUAAUAAUAACGACAACUUCAUGUGUUUACAGAGCUUUGUUAUUCUAUGAGAUUGUAUCGGCAAAGCAUUCUUUGUACCUCUCCCUCGAUCCUCUUGGGACUCCAAAUACUGUAAUAAAUCUAUAUAUAUAUAUAAA